AUGACGAUUGUGCUCGACAAUGGUUCAGCAAUGUCUAAAGCCGGAUUUGCUGGCGAUGAUGCCCCACAAGCGGUUUUCCCGUCAAUUGUCGGCCGCCCGCGUGAACGCGGAGUCAUGAUUGAGUUCGGGAACAAAGACUCCUACAUUGGUGACUACGCUCAAGCCAAACGAGGGGUUCUGUCUCUUUGCUGGCCUAUCGAGCGCGGCGAAGUCACCAUUUGGGACGACAUGGAGAAGAUCUGGCGCCACACUUUCUCUGUAGAGCUUCGCGUCUCUCCGGAAGAGUUCCCGGUCCUGCUUGCCGAUGCCCCACUAAACUCCAAGAGCAGCAGAGAAAAAAUGGCGACCAGCAUGUUUGAAACAUUCAGUGUCCCCGCAUUCUUCGUGAAAACACACGCAGCACUCUCACUGUAUGCCUCUGGUCGGACCACGGGCGUUGUUAUGGACUCUGGCGACGGGGUUUCCCAUGUUGUGCCGAUCUAUGAGGGCUUUUCACUCCCACAUGCGGUCCAGCGGCUCGAUGUUGGCGGGAGGAAUGUGACCAGUGCCCUGGUCAAGGGUUUGGGCGAGCGAGGGCACAAAAUAGUGACACCGGCAGAGCAUGAGAUCGUGCAUGACAUGAAGGCGCGGUUUUGCUAUGUGGCCCACGACUUCGAUGAUGAGCUCAGGAACUGGCCCGAGUCUUCCAAGUCUGGGCUAGAAAUCAGCUACGAGCUGCCAGAUGGUCAGGUUCUCACUCGUGGCAAUGAACGUUUCCGUGCCCCUGAGGCGCUUUUCCGGCCAUCCCUGCUCGGACUUGAGUCCGCUGGCAUCCAGACCAAGAUUCAUGACUCCCUCAUGCGAUGCGACCCCGAUAUUCGUGGCGAUCUCUACGACAACAUCGUCCUUUCUGGCGGGAACACGAUGUUUCCUGGCAUGGAGAGCCGUCUGCAGAAGGAAAUAGCUGCUCUUGCUCCCCCCGGCAUGAAGGUCCGUGUUGUCGCCCCGCCUGACCGCAAAUACUCCGUCUGGAUCGGCGGCUCCAUCUUCGCUUCGCUCAGCACUUUUCAGGAUAUAUGGGUCUCCAAGCAGGAGUACGACGAGACGGGGCCGGGCAUCGUACAUCGCAAAUGCUUCUGA